AUGGCGGCUGUUUGGGUUCUGCUUGCGUUGACGGCUUUAGUUGCAGAUUAUUGUUUGGUUUCUGCUACAUCUUACAAAGAAGGAGACAAGGUUCUGGUCUACGUCAACAAAGUGGGCCCCUACUUCAACCCACACGAAACUUACCACUACUAUCAGCUGCCAGUGUGCCGACCAAACAAGAUUGAACACAAACGUUUAAGUCUUGGAGAGGUGCUAGAUGGGGAUCGCAUGGCUGAGUCCUUGUAUGACAUUACGUUUAGAAGUAACGGCUCCCAGGAGCUGUGUAAGGUCAACCUUAGUGAGAGUGAUGUCGAGCUCCUGCGCAGCGCUAUUGAAGACCUGUACUACUUUGAGUUUGUCUUAGAUGACAUUCCAGUGCGAGGCUUCAUUGGGCACCUGGAAGAAGGAGGCUUUCUUCCACACACUCACAAGAUAUUUUUGUGGUCACACUUACAUUUUAAUAUAGAAUACAACAAAGAUCAUGUGAUUUAUGCUAAUGUAACAACCAAAGACCAGCUGCCUGUACCGCUAGAUGGCACCGCCAUCCCAUUAGAAGUGACUUUCACAUACUCUGUCAAAUGGAUCCCCACAGAACUCGGCUAUGAACAAAGAGCUACGCGAAUUCGGGAUGAUUCUUUCUUUCCUAAGAAUUUAGAGAUUCAUUGGCUGUCCAUUAUCAAUUCCCUGGUGCUGGUUUUUCUUCUCAUUGGAUUUGUUGUCAUUAUCAUGACACGAGUUCUCAAGAGUGACUUUGCUCGCUACAACAUCGAGGAUGAAGAUGAUGCUGACGAUUUAGACUCUGAUGACAAUGGGUGGAAAAUUAUCCGCACAGAUGUGUUCAGAUUUCCACCCUGCAAGAAUCUUUUCUGCGCCAUAUUGGGUGUUGGCAGUCAAUUCCUGGCCCUAGCUACAGGAAUCCUCCUGAUGGCACUAGCUGGCGUUUUCAACGUCCAUCGUCACGGAGCUAUCAAUGCUACCGCUGUGAUUCUAUACGCGUUUACCUCAAAUAUCAGUGGCUUUGUGGCGGCCAGUAUGUACAAAAAGAUGGGGGGAGAUAACUGGGUGUGGAAUAUCAACUUAACGUCUGCUUUGUUUGCAAUGCCGUUUUUCCUCGUCUGGGCAGUCAUCAACUCCGUGGCAUGGGCGUAUGGAACCACUCGAGCCUUACCGGCCACUACAGUCAUUCUACUGAUGGCUCUCUGGCUCUUUGUGGGCUAUCCUCUGACAGUUUUCGGAGGUAUAUUAGGGAAAAACUACGGAGGCAGCUUCGACGUGCCCUGUAGAACUAAAAAUAUUGCCAGGGAGAUUCCCAGAGUGCCCUGGUAUCGCUCAGCCUUUGUUCACUGCGCUAUAGGAGGGUUUUUACCAUUCAGUGCUAUUUCGGUGGAACUGUACUACAUCUUUGCCACCCUGUGGGGAAGGGAACAGUACACUUUGUUUGGGAUCCUGUUUAUAGUCUACGGCAUCUUGCUCAGUGUCACGGCUUGCAUCUCCAUCGCACUGACCUACUUCCAGCUGUCGGCGGAGGACUACCGGUGGUGGUGGCGAUCUAUGUUCAGUGCAGGGUCAACGGGUGUGUUUGUCUUCCUGUAUGCCUUGUUCUACUUCCUGAAACGCUCCAACAUGUCGGGACUGCUGCAGACGCUGGAGUUUCUGGGAUACACGGCCUUGACCUGCUACGUGUUCUUUCUGAUGCUGGCCACGGUCUCAUUCUUUGCCUCGCUCAAGUUUGUCCGGUACAUCUACGUCAACAUCAAGAUGGACUAG